ACAAAAAAUCUAAUAAGGAUGAGUCUGUUAAAUGGGAGCUGAUUGCAGUACCUGUCAUAGUUGUGGUAUUACUUGCACAAACUGUGUACAUUAUAUGUAUGAAAUACAGAGGCCAGCUGAUGAAAUUCAAGAGGAAAGGAAAUGGAGCUAAGAACGAACACAGCCAAGCCAGUAUAGCCGAUCGACCGCCACAGCCGCUUCCUCCCGGUGCAGUUGUAAAACAAGAAUCUACUCCCGUGAGAUCGCCAGAAUCCGUACGACGUCACUACUCAGAAGCAACUGAGGUGCAACCGGUUAAACCGACAAAUAUAAUACGCCCUUCUCUAAAAGCUCAAGUACCGACAGCCAUUCCAGCCCAGGUUCAGAAUUCUUAUACCCACAACAUGUGUCCCGUUCCGGUCGAAAAUAGACAAGGUUACAGAAACCAGGGAUUUGAUACCACUGAAGAAAUACAUCCACAUGACUUUGUGCGAAGACAUUUGGAAGCCAGACCAUCAGCUCCAAAGAUGAUUAACCGUCAUUCAAGAUCAUUCAGAGAACUACCCUCAGCACCAAUGCAUUUGUCUCCGAAUUCAAGUCAUCUAGUUUCGAAAUCUUUCAAAGAACCGAAACCGGCACCUCGUUUGUCACCUAACAUGUCACCUAAAGUAUUACAGCUUGCACCUAGACAAGAUCCUGUCCAGCCUUCAAAACUAAAGAAAAAGUUACCAAUAUAUCCACCACCACCUUUACCAGAACGAAGAAUAUCAUCCGAUGAUGAAUGGCAGUACGAAGAAUUACAGCCAACGGCAAAAUAUAUAAACGGUGAUGGAUUUUUAUAAUAAUUUGUUAAUAAAUUAGGUACCUAAUAUUUCAAUAUUAGUUAGUUAAAAGUCGAUGGUGCUUUCAGUUCGUAGAUAGGUGACCAACUUACCUUCCGAAAUACGGAGGAACUCGUUAACAUCAUAACUUCUCCAUCAUAAAGUUAAGCAACGCUUGCUGCGGUCGGUCC